UAGUCGACAACCUCGCACCAUGCCAGUGUCUCUUCUUAUUUGUACCUACUAGUGCCGGCACUCCCAAUGCUCGACAGUCAUAUGUUGUUGGCGCAGGCGCAGGCGGGGCACAGCUACUCGCGGCCGUACCUCACCCGUUCACGAUCUCAAACCAAUCCAGCGCCAUCAGUAUUGCAAGAGCAAUCAGAGUCGCAGGAUGGCAGAGCGACCAAUGAACCAGUUAACACGUUACGGCCAACACAUUCAAGGUCGAAGUCAUAUCUUCCUCCCUCCUCCCAUGAACACUCCAAAACCCGCACCAUCCUUACUGGUCCAGUCGCCUCGGCCGCUUCGGCCAUAGAGAAAAGCGCAGAGAGAUUGCCACGCCUUCACCUUCCAGGCUCCAGUCACCGUCACCACCAACAUACACUCUCACAUUCACAUUCAUCCAUCAACUCCAAAAGCCAGAUAUCUGAACGCAGCAGCAAACAUGAACGUCACCGACGCGGCCACCGUUCGACACAAUCCGAAGCACAUGCACAUAAGCCACGAGGAAAGUCGAGGGACGGUCUGCCACAUCUCGUCGCAGGCCUCAACGCCGAACGUGCCAGCCACCAGCACCACCAACAAUACCAACAAUACCAAGCACGCGACGCCUUUGGACCUAGUGACACCUCAAUGGCCGACUUUGCAUCUGGCGGCAGGUUCGACCUGCUAACUCGAAGCAACACACAAGCACGCAACCAAACCCUGAACGACUCCCAACAGGCCGACGCAGGCCUCACACGCCGACCCAGCACGGUUUCAGAAAUAAUGGCGCGCGGCGACGCCGCCAAAUUUGCCAAACGUCUCCACGUCAAGAAACAUGAAAUCGAGCAACGAGACGUCGAGAUCGCAGAAGCCGAAGAAGAACUCCGGUCACGAAUCGGACAAAUCACCAGCACAGGAGUAGAAAUCACACGCCGCUUGGAUUACGGGUAUUACAACCUCUUGGAAAAAGUCAACAGCCUCGUCGGAACCAUCACAUCCUUCCAGAGCCUCAGCCGACAAACAGAAGUCAUGAUCCACAAUUUCGACAAAGAAACGCAGCGAAUGGAAAGCGAUGCACGAAGAAGAAUCGCAGCUUUUCACGAGGGAAUGGACAAAAGAGCCGAAAAAGGUCGUAUGUUGAAAGAAAGAGGCGAUCGAGUCGGAGCUAAAGCUGAGGAAUUGGAAGCUCGUCUUGAAAAUGCGAGGAUCAUCUUGCAGAAUUUGGAGGCGAGAGAAGAACGUGAUCGUGAGAGAUGGAGACAUGUAAGUGGGUUUAUGCGUUGGUCGUUGGCUUUGUUUGUGGGUGUGGUUCUGGUUCUGGCUUUGUCCAAGUCGUGGUGGGCGGAUGAUGCGAGAGAUGUGGUUUCGGCCAUGACCAUGCGGUCGACUACUCCUCCUCAUCCUCAUGUGGUGGCGACGGGUGUCGAUGUCGAUGUCGAUGUCGAUGUGGAUGAUGUUCCGACAAGGCAGACUUUGAAUUUCCAUAUGCCCGACGAUGUGAGGGAACUUAUGCGUGCGAUUGCUGCAAAGAGGCAUCUUGCGAAUCGAACGGUUGAGGUUCCGGGAUCGGGAUCGUUGGAUGCAGCCGCUGGUACUAAGGGUGUCGGAGGCGAUCAUGAUGAGCAUGUGGAUGUCUCUUCUGGACAGAUACCCCGUGAUGAUGACCCUAGAUUGAGGCGUUUGGAUGAAUUGUAG